AUGGUGGUUGCUGUGCCUCAGCAUCGCAUGAUAAUGCCUUCAAAUAUCUGCACCCAAAGGCUGAUUUUACAGACAGCGGCUGAUGAUCAUGACUAUCUGAAAAAGCCACUUAAGGAGUACAUGGUUGACAGUGCACUAAAGUUUACUGAAGAAUCUGCAAGAGAUGUUGAGGCAGCAACACGGGACCAGAGUAAGAGCCCAGUGUGGCACAGGGAAAGAAAGUGGCGCAUCACAGCCUCAAGUAACGGUCUGCAGGCUGCUUUAACAUCAGCUGUGUACUUCACAGUUGUGCUUUCCACGCGCAGCACAAAGGAAUGUGGACUUCAGUUGACAGAGAAGAUGAAGAGCAGAUCUGUCUUUUUUAGAAAUGUUAACAUGAAGUUGUGCCAGGCUGAAUGUAUUGAAGAUUCCUACAUAUUUGCAUCCUGUCGUCGAUCAAGUGAGGAAUCCAAGAAGACUGAGAAGACGAGCAGAUCCAGUAUCCAUCCAGAGACUCAUUCCAGUCCCCUCCACUGUGUGAUCUCCAUACCGCCUCAAAGACCGGGGACCUGUCAAGGGUGCAAAUCAUACUGUCACAGGGACGGAGGGACAUUAAUUGUCAAGAGUGGAUUGGUAGAACACCAGCGAUGUGGGCAGCCAGUGGGGGGGCAUAGAGAAGUGGUGGAGUUACUUGUGAGUACAGGAGCUAAUGUGUCACUCGUCGAUAGAUUCGGCAUCAACAUUCUUCACUCGGCCUGUCUUGGAGGAGAUGUAGAGGUGGUGAAGUAUGUCCUCUCACAGAACAUGGUGGACAUCAAUGGUAGAGUACGGUGUGGGAGAACAGCUGUGAUGCUGGCAGCAGCAAACGGACACAAGGACGUGGUGGAGAUGUUUGUGGACAAAGGCGCUACAGUGUCAUUCGUGGAUGAGACAGGUAACAACAUCCUUCACUGCGCCUGUAGGAGGGGAGAUAUGGAGGCGGUGAAGUACAUCCUCUCACAGAAAAUGGUUGACGUCAACAGUUAUGGGCCUCGGAAGAAGACGCCACUGAUGGUAGCAGCAGAACACGGACAUAAGGAAGUGGUGGAAUUACUGGUAACACAUGGAGCUGAUCUGUCACUCAGUGUAAAAGGACGAGAUGAUAUCCUUCACAUUGCCUGUAACCGCGGACAAUUUGAUGUUGUGAAAUAUCUCCUCUCACUUAACUCGGUGGACAUAAACAGCAGGGGAUACAAGAAGAGGACACCAGUGAUGGCAGCAGCAGAACACGGACAUAAGGAAGUGGUGGAAUUACUGGUAACACAUGGAGCUGAUCUGUCACUCAGUGUAAAAGGACGAGAUGAUAUCCUUCACAUUGCCUGUAAAAGCGGACAAUUUGAUGUUGUGAAAUAUCUCCUCUCACUUAACUCGGUGGACAUAAACCGCAGGGGAUACAACAAGAGGACACCAGUGAUGACAGCAGGAGAAAGGGGUAAAAAAAAAAUUGUGGAAUUACUUGUAAAACAUGGAGCUGAUCUGUCACACCGUGCACCAUUGGGAGGAAAUAUCCUUAACUUGGCCUGUCGCGGUGGAAAAAUAGAAGUAGUGAAAUAUGUCCUCUCACUGAACACAGUGGACAUAAACACCAGGGGAAUCAAGAAGAGGACACCAGUGAUGAUAGCAGCAGCACACGGGCAUAAGGAAGUGGUGGAACUAUUGGUAAAGAAUGAAGCUGAUCUCUCACUCAGAGAUAGCAACGGUAAAAAUGUUAUUGAACUUGGCCCGUGA